CUCACCAGUGGAAUCAACAGUGCUGUGACCACUGCAGCAGAGACUGGAGUUAAACGCACACAGAAAAGCAAAGUCAAUGAUGUCCUCCCGAAGUUCAUGGAAGAUAUGCAAAGUAUUCAGGAUUGUUUGCCGAUGAGUCAUCCAACUGCUGACAUAGAAAUGGUUUUUCAUAAAGAUAUGUUCAGCGGCUUUAAACAAGUUGGGUCAGUUGGACUGGGCAUUCGAUCACUGGUUAGAGAUGCUUCAGAUGUUAAAUUGAUAAAAUCUAAAAUCCUGAUUACAGGUUGUGGUAAGAUGGUGGCCCAGGAAUGUAAAGCCCCCAAGAUGGCCUCAGAAAUCCCAGAAGUGGGUCAGGCAGCAUUCAAUGGGUCACUUGCUCUCUCUAAGACAGCCCGAGCAGGUCUCAUUGCACUCAAUGCUUUCCUUCUUGGAUUAGAUAUCCUUUUCAUCUGUAAAGACAGCAUCAGUCUGGCUAAAGGCAGCAAAACUAAGAUCUCAAAAGUGAUCAGAGCAAGAGAUGCCCUUUGGAGCUCAGAAAUAGACUUAUGGCAAAAGAUCUGUGACCCUCUGAAUGAAGGUCUGAAGACAUCAAAGAAAAAGAAAUCUGUCUUGAAGGCACAAUUCUAUCCAAUAUGGAGAUAA